GCUAGUCGUUACUGGUCUCCGGCAGCGGAAAGUAAGCAAACCGAAAAAUGGCGUCAACGCUAGGUGGAUUGAGGUUGUCUUGCCGAUUUAUAAAUAAAUCUGGUUCUUUUUAUCUGGGAGCGAAACAUUUCACCACUGAUUGUGACCGAGGCAAGUCAACAAGUAAAUGGAGCCAAGAGUGGAAAAAUCCCAAAGUCUUGUUUUUCUCCCAGCAUAAAUACCAUAGAUCCAGUAUACAGUCCAAGCCAGUGCCUAUAUCAGAACCAGUGUCUCAUCCUGAAGGGAACAACACUGUGACCUUAGUUCCUGGAGAUGGAGUAGGUCCAGAACUCAUGAACAGUGUUCAAGAUGUCUUCUCAGCUGCUGGAGUUCCUGUUGACUUUGAAGAAAUUUUUAUCAGCGAAAUCCAACCAGGUCAAAGUGCUACUGUGCAGACAGUAGUCGAAUCCUUUCGUCGAAAUGGAGUUGGACUUAAAGGCAUUCUCACUUCUCCCUCCACUUACAAGGGGGGAGUGCUGAGAACAGUCAAUAUGAAAAUACGACGAGAGUUGGACCUGUUUGCUAAUGUUGUACGAGUGAAGAGCCUUCCUGGAUUUCACACAAGACACAAUAACCUAGACUUUGUCAUCAUCCGGGAGCAAACAGAAGGAGAGUACAGUGCUCUUGAACAUGAGAGUGUCAGUGGGGUUGUGGAAUGUUUGAAGAUCAUAACAAGAGCCAAUUCCAUGCGAAUAGCAAAAUUUGCCUUCGACUAUGCCAUGCGGCAUCACCGUAAAAAAGUUACAGCUGUGCACAAGGCAAACAUUAUGAAACUGGGAGAUGGUCUGUUUCUUGCUUGCUGUGAAGAAGUAUCAAAAAUGUAUCCGACGAUCAAAUAUGAGAACAUGAUAAUUGACAACUGCUGCAUGCAGCUAGUUUCCAAUCCACAUCAAUUUGAUGUCAUGGUUAUGCCCAAUCUUUAUGGCAACAUUAUCGACAACUUGGCAUCAGGUCUUGUGGGUGGUGCUGGUGUUGUGCCAGGAGAGAGCUACAGCAGGGAUGUGGCCAUUUUUGAGCAGGGUGCCAGGCAUUCCUUUGCAGAAGCAGUUGGCAAAAAUAUUGCAAACCCAACAGCAUCUUUGUUAAGUGCUUGUAACAUGUUAAAGCACAUUCACUUGGAAUACCACUCCCGCAUUAUCCACGAUGCAGUGCUGCGAGUCAUAAAGUCUGGAAAGGUACGAACAAAGGAUAUGGGUGGCCACAACACCACCAGUGACUUCACACAAGCAGUGAUCAGCAGUCUACACCACUAGGCAUUAUAUCUAUUCAAGACAAUACUCAUUAAUCAUUUAGUUCUUUACCUCAUUCUAUAAAGAACUAUGAAGGUAUGUUAAGCCCCUUUAGAAAAUUCUUAGUUGCUGUACGUGGUUGAUUGGCUGCAAAGAGAUCAUAGUAGCUAGAAGCUGUUCUGCCUCUUUUCUUUUAGCUACCUGUGCUGUGUAGCAUUCAUUUUCAUGUGCUUUGUUCUUUUAAUAAGCAUUUGUCACUAAAGUGAGCUGGUAAUGAAAGGCAGUCUGCGAGAAUAAACAUGAAACUUUGAUAAACUGGAAGGCUUGUUUAUAUAUGUAUACACUAGUAUAUACAUGUCAAAAUAUACAGCAUGUCAGGUUUGCUUGGUAGUUCUACAUAUCUUUUUCACAAUGGCUAGGUCUUUCAUUUGCCUUAGGUUUUUUUUUUUUUUUUAAGUGAGUGUUAAGGUUUUGUUUCAAAUCUGUUGAACUUGUGUCAAACUACCAGGAAGAGCAAGAACAGAAUCAUUAAAGGCGAAGUGCAGUAUUUAUUUUUUUUUAAUUUCUCUUAGAUUUUGGGAAAUAAUUUUGUGCCAGGUUCAACCUCGUCAUCUGAACAAAUAUGUACUCACCACAUCUUUAAAAAAUUAGGGAGAAGUUUGCUGAGAAAGAUGAUUGCCAAGUCGUAGAAGGUCCAGAGCUAAGGUGAAUAUGAUGUGUUAUUCUCAUGUAAAUAAUGUGCUUACAUAAUACAAACUUUGUGCUAACUGGUGUAGCACUAAUGAGAAUUGCUUGGUCCAUGCCUGAUGGUCAGCCAGGCAUCAACUCUUUCCUCAUGGUUUUCUUCCAAUCCUCAGUUGCUUAUAUGUGAGUGUUGUUGCUGUAUGGUUGCUCCAGAGGUAAAAAGUGGGAUAAAAAUGUUGCAUCAGCAUUGUUGUCUAGGAAGGACAUUGGACAAUAAAGCAGUAAAACUGCA